UACGGCAGUGGCUUGAAGUUUACUUGCGGUUGUGGUAUCUACAUCAGAUAAUAACAAUCAUGGCGCAUUUAUUAUUAAAUUUUUUUUUCAAUAGAUUCAUGACACACAAGUUUAUUUUUUAAUUUUUGAUUUGAUUAAUUUGAUAUGAACAUAUAAAAACUACCCAUUUGAAAUAAUUGAUGAUAUUUAAAAAAUGUCAAAAAGUAUAACCUGGUGCUUAAUAAGUUAUUUAUUUAAAAAUAACCACAAAACUGGGAUUUAUAGAUUCAUUAAAAAUUAUAAUACAACAAAUGUAUACAAUUAUCCACGUAAAUUAAAAAGUUCAAUCAGAGAUAGAAAGUUAUACAUGCCUCAAAGAAUUUUUACAACCACCGAAAUAAACAAUCAAAUCGCUGAAAGUAAAAGAUAUGAUCAACAUGAUGAUGAAUUUGGAAUGAGUUACGCUAAAGCUGUAUUAACAUUAGUCAAAACUCUUGAUGUAACAAGAGACAAUGCAUCAAAAGUUGUUCGUAAAUGGAAAGGAUUUACCAAACUCCCGAGAACAACGAUAACUAAAAAUUAUCAAUUAUUACGUGUUGCCGAUGUUGAUAAAUCGACAUUGAGAAUCCAUAUGUAUGCAUUAGCUCACACUACUGAUGAUUUAAUUAAAAAAAUAUCAUUUAUCGAAAAGAUUAAAUUGGAUAUAAAUGCCGGUGUUCCGUUAUUACAAUUAUCAAUGAAAAAAUUAAUAGCAUUGUCAUAUACUACUGAAAGUGAUAGAAUAGUUAAUCCGGAAUUCAAUAAUAGAAUUGAAUAUAUGGCUAAAAAUUUUGAAUGUAGUAUAGAAGAAAUGUGUACUAUUUUAUUAAGAAAUAAAUUUAUGCUAACAAUGAGUAUGUAUAGGAUUAAAAAAAUUACUAAACUCUUACUUGAUGGAGGGUUUCUAGGAAGAAAUAUAAAAAACGAUUUACAUGUUUAUAAACAUGGUAUAGGAACAAUAAAAGAACGAAUGGAACGAGUUAAACAUGCGGGUGUUAAAUUAUUGAAGCCGUGGAUUGUUCGUUGUCCACUUGAAAUGCUUGAAAGAGUUGAAGAAAAAUAUAUUGAUCGAAAUAAUUUCAAUGGACCUCAUGAACAAAUUUAUCAUUAUAUAAAUUUAUAUUUUAAUUGUGACAAAGAACUAAUUGAUGCAUUCAUUAAACGUAACCCUAGAUUGCUAAAAAUUAAUAUAAAAAAUUUAGUUAAAAUAUUAAAAUUUUUACGGAGUAAAGAGUAUCAAUUUGAAGAAAUAUAUCGCCAGCCAAGUAUACUUCACCAUAAGGAAGAAACACUGCGUAAAAGAUUCGAUAAAUUGAUUCAGUGUCAUGUUAAUCAUCCACCAUUAAGAAUGAUUCUUUCACCUAAGUUUACUUCUCAAAUAAAUUUAAAUGAAAACGUUGAAUCACAUGAUUAAAUUUAAUAAUCAUCAUAGUUAAUUUUAUUUUAUUAUAAAUUGUAUUGUACAAAUAAUUUAUAUAUUUCGAAUAAAGUUUUUAAUACAAAUAAAGUAUUUAUUCUCUACAGCGUUAAGGUAGUUCACUUGCAAACCGACUUUUCAUGAGAAUUUCAUAUAAUUGAAAUAUGAUUCAAGUAUUGGCAACAAUCUACAAAUAUAAAAACAUAUCUCGACAAAUUUUUUUUUACAUGACGGCGAUUUAUAUGUGAUUUAUAUAAAAUUAGCUCGAUCAUUGACGGUUAAUUUCGUAUUGUUACGUAACAAUUUCUCAUCUAGUGAUUUACUUCUGUGGUUAAUCUCUACUGUUUUCAAUGUAUGCUGUUCCAUUUUUGUUCUGUUCUUUAUAUUAAAUAUAUGACAAGUUCGGAAUAGAAUAAAAUUAUGACGCAAAGAUGAGGAGUAUUUUUUUUUUUUAAGUGUAACCUAUAGUAGAAUUCCGUAAAUAGUAAUGGAGAUAUGCAAAGACUGAAGCUAAAAAAAAAGCAAAUUAUCAAACUGUAAAAAUUAAAAAUUUGGAUUUCAAAAGAUUUUGGGAUCUUAUAAAAAGAAAAUUACGAAAAAAUUUCUUCUAUUGACACCAAAAAUACUUGAAACUUUAUAUUUAAAUAUAUAAAUAUUUCAUUGAUUCAAUGCAAUAAAUUAAAAAUACAAAAUUAUCUUAAUUUAUAACAUAAAUUAUAAUCAAUUUCACAAUUAUAAUUAUAUUUAUUUACUCGUCCAAGUAACCCAGAUUAAAGAGAUCAUGAAAUCACCCAGUUACGUUUUAUUAAAAAUAUGAAAUUAUUAUUAAAAACAAAAACUUUAAAAUUUUAGCGCCAUAAAAUUUAACGCAUGCGCGCUAGUACAAGAAGGUACUCUUAAGGGGUUAGGGGUACUCAGGGGUAUGAAAAAAUGAUGAUUUUCAAUAAUUUUUUUUUUGUAGUUAAUUACUUUAUUUGACAAAAAUAAAAACAUAGCUUUAUUAGAACACGUUUCGAUUUGACUUCACGAAAAUUUCAAAAAAAAAAAUUAAUAAUUCAAAAAGUUAUCGCUGUUUUUGUAGAGCCCGUUCCUCCCGAAGUCCUUUGCGGUGAUCAUCAUAAGUCCUUGGAGAUUCAUCUAAAAUCAAUCGGACAAGAAAAAUUAGUUUUAUUAAUAGAUAAUCUUGUGCCUGAUCGAAGCUUUUUUUUUUUUUUUCGAAAUUAACAAAAUGGCGGCCUCAGGAAAUUUUUUUCAAAUUUUCGAGAAAAAAACCGACAGUUUAUUGUUAAAAAAAAAUCGAAAUUUUGAAAAAAAAAAAAAAUCCUUCGAUCAGGCACGAGUUUUUAAUGUAUUUCAAAAGUACAAUAAAUUUUAUUGAAAUCUACCGAGCAGUUUUUAAGUUACAGUGAUCACCAGUUCAGAAAACAUAGUUUUGAGAAAAACGCAUUUAAAGUUUUGCUAUGGAUUUAUGUCGAAUUAUAAGAAUUAUUUAAUAACUUACACUGAGUCAUCUAUUCCUGGACCAUAUAAUAGCUCUUCAGCCGACAUAGCAGCUUCCAAAAUAUCGAUUUGCUGGUGCCUACGUUGCAAUCGACCUUCUCGGGUGUUAUCAUUAGCGCGCUUAUCUGCUACUUUGAUACGUGCAGCAUCCAUUCUUUCUGCAUACCGAUGAGAAUUAGGCCCACAAUUAAGUCCUAGUGUAUUCAUCAAGACUAAUAAUGAAUUUAUACCCUCAUUAAAUAUACACAUAGCAACGUAUGCAGCUAUUUGUACGAUGGUAAAACUAGUAUUUACCGUUUUUGGGCAUAUUUUCCAUACUAGUUGGUUAAAGCUUUCAUUAUUAUUCUGAUUGAAUCCACCUACACAUCUUGAAAGUAAAUUUUCAUUACUAAGAUCUUCGUAUAUAGGCUUGAUAGCUUUUAAAACAUCAGAAGGUAAAGGAGAAUAAUCGUGAGAAAAGGUAUCAAGCUCUCCUCUUGCUUCAGCGCGCUGGUAAGAGCACCAAGAUUCUUCGCCUUUUGGACACAUAUCAUGAUUCGGUUUUUCAUCACUUGUUAAAUAACUCGAAAAGAAUUUGUCGGAUUCACUUCAAAUUUUCACACAAUAUUUUUAAAAUAUUAUACUUUAAGAAAAUGCAAAAAAAAAAAAAUCGAUUUUUUGAAAAUUCUGACUACCCCUAACCCCUUAAAAUUUCUAGAAAAAUCUUUAUAACACAAAAAUAAUAUCAAUAAAAUUUUGAUAAAAAUUAUUAAUAAAACUCGAUAAUUUAUCUAAUAAAACAAUAAAAAAAUUUUGACCGUAUCGGUGUUAAAAAAUCUAAAAAUUAAUAAAAUACUGCGAUAAAAAUUCGAAUCUUCCGAGAGUAUUCCACUCGUGAGUCAUUUAAUGACGUCACACAAUCUAACGUUAACUUGAUCCAUAAAGAAAUAAUUAUCAAUGAUAAUUGAUCGUUAGUUACACUUUUAAAAUCUGUAACCACUUUAUAUAAAUAUCUAAACUAUAUACAUAUACCUUUGCAUGCAUUUAUAUUAAGUUAUAAAAAAUAUUUAACAAUAUAAAUCAACUACGAUAAUCAACAGAGUGUUUUAAUAAGUUAAAUUUAUUGCUAUAAAAAUUGCGUAUGUGUGUUUCACAAGCAUCAGUGAUAUAUACUCAGGAAUUUUGAAUAGAAAACAGUCUUACACAUAAAAAAAUAAUAUUUUACAAGAAUAAGAUAAAAAAAACAUUCAGUACGUCAUAAUCAUUAAGUAUAUAUA